AUGGCUUCAACCCCAAGCCGCCUCGCCGAGCUCUCCAACACCGUAUCCAAGAACACCGUCAUACUCGACCAAUACCUUCGAGACAACAACAUCCCCAAACCAACCUUCGACGCGCACGACCCCAUCUGGGACGCAGAAUUCCCACCAGAUAUCCAAAAAGCCCGCAUCGCUCUCCAAGAUGCCUCAACCGAACUGAUCGACUUGACAACAGGAAGUCGAAGAUACCUCAGCAAAGCCCUCAACGGAGGCGUAACGAGCAUGGACACACUCUAUCACCUGGAUAUCCCGCAUAAAGUUCCCCUCGACGAUCCUGAGGGGAUCACUUAUCAAGAGCUGUGCGCGAAGUUGGAUAUCCCGGUGAAUGAGUACGCCCUCACACGUAUCCUCCGCGCGGCGGUCGUGCAUCGUAUCUUCAAGGAGCCUUCGCCCGGCCGGAUCGCACAUUCAGCGGCUUCGCGACUCCUCGCAACGGAUGCUCUGCUCUUUGACUGGCUCGGCGCCGCGAUCGACGUUAUGGCCCCGAAGCAAUACAUCGGCCAGGCGAUCACGCAGUUCCCGGCUCUAGAUGAAGCGAAUCGCUCCGCGGCGUCUCUGACCUUCCCGAAACGAGAUGGCGAGUACGUGAGCUUUUACGAGUACAUCGCCCAGGACCCCGAGCGAGCGAAGCAGUUCGGACGCGGGAUGUCGAGUUUCCAGACGGGGGAUGGGUAUUCGCCACGACACCUCGUCGAUGGGUUCGAUUGGGGGUCUUUACCAGAGGGAUCCCUCGUCGUGGAUGUCGGGGGAAGUCACGGGGACGUGGACAUGGCAAUCGCGAGAAAAUCCCCGCACUUGCGAUUCCUCGUGCAGGACCUCCCGGAAACCAUCGCGUCCACGGGCAAGGCGAGGAAGAUCGUCCACGACGAAAAUCUGAACAUCGAGUUCGUCGUGCACGACUUCCUCACACCUCAGACCGUCAAAGGCGUCAAAAUCUUCAUCCUUCGCUGGAUCCUGCACAAUUGGCCGGAUCAAUAUUGUCGUCAGAUCUUGCAAUCGCUCCUCCCUGCUAUGGUCCCGGGCUCUAGAGUUCUGGUCUUCGACGGCGUGAUGCCCGGCUUGGGGACUCUGCCGAAUGUGGUGGAGAGGGAUUUGAGGGUUUUUGAUUUGACGAUGUUGGGGUGUUUUAAUGCAGGGGAUCGCGAGGUGGAGAGGUAUAGGGGGUUGUUGGAGGGGGUGGGGUUGAGGUUUGGGGGGUGUUGGAGGCCGGAGGGGAGUCGGUUGAGUUGCAUUGUAGGGGAGUGGGAGGGGUAG